CAGUUUAAAAGUAAGGCAUAUUAUUUGCAAUUUGCAUUUGUUAAGUGAAAUAUUGUAAAAGUGAUUCAUAUAACUCAGUAUUGGCUACUGUACAUUUGAGACUUUGUCACAUUUCAGAAUAGUUAAAUUAACUGUAUGCUUGUUUUUCGCAUGCAUUUUAUUAUUAAAACCUAUUUUGUGGUAAUCAGUUUCCUUUUAUCAAAGGGCAAGGGAAGUCUGAUUCCAUGUGUGUGCAAGUGUAGAGGUUUAUAUUACACCAUGUAAACUUAUCUAUCUAAUUACUGCUCCACCAAAAGCAUCCCAUAAUGAUGGACGGACCAAACUAUUUGUUCCCUAACGAUAACAGUCCUGGUCGGAAAGUAAUCGGGCACGCGGCAAACCAAAGUAUUCGUCCGUACAACACCAACCAGGAGUAUCUUUAUGCUAUGAGAGAGGACCUUGCAGACUGGUUUAAGGGCCUUUAUGCUGUUGAAAUUAACGUGAACAACUUCUUUGAAAUCCUUGAGACAGGGACGUUACUUUGUCAGCAUGCUAAUAACAUUACUACAUGCGCUGACUAUAUGAUCAAACAUAAUGUGAAACUUAAUCUACAAAAUAUCAACAAAGUGCCGAAGAAAUUCAUUGUUUUUAAUCAGGGUAAAUAUGUGCGUGCAAGCAGUUUCUUUGCACGCGACAAUAUUGCGAACUUUAUCAACUGGUGUCGACAUGAAAUUGAAAUUUCCGAAAGCGUUAUGUUUGAGACGAAUGAUCUUGUGUUACGUCAUAAUGAAAAGAACGUUAUUCUGUGUCUCUUGGAGGUUGCGAGAAGAGGAAGUAAAUUUGGGGUUCCAGCUCCAGUCCUCGUCCAGAUGGAAGAAGAUAUUGAUAAAGAGAUUGAACUUGAGAAAGAAGCAAAGAAGAACAAUCGAAAACCACCCAACCCUCCUCAGCAGAAAGUUACGUGCGACUUUAAAUCAUUGGACGAAAUGGUUCAAUACAUUCUUGGCAUGUGUACUUGUCCAAGUCAGUUUCCAAUGGUGAAGGUUGCAGAUGGGAAAUAUAAAGUGGGGGACUCUGAAAGUCUCAUCUUUAUGAGGAUUCUGCGCCAACACGUGAUGGUGCGGGUUGGUGGGGGUUGGGAUACAUUGGAACAUUACCUCAAUAAGCAUGACCCUUGUAGAUGCAUGCGGCAUAGGACAGAUAAGAAACUUUCACCCAGACACAGUCGCACCCAAAGUACGCCAGCAACAGCAGUUCAACAACAACAACAACAGCAACAGCUUAGUGUUGCGAAACCACAACCCAGUGUUACUAAACAACCACAAACACCCAGGAACCGACAAUUGCUUGCAUCUAAAAGACUCGCGCAAAGUCACUCAAACCUGAUGGAUUUAUCAAGCAAUAGAAGCCAAAGCACAGUUCAACGAAGGUCUGUGAACCAACCAAGGCCAUCAUCCACCACUCCAAGGCAAAACAACAGAAAUAGUAUGAGCUCAUUCACGCCAAGAUCGUCCGAAGUAUCACCAACACGUAGUGGAAGGACAAGCACACAAAACAACGAUGUGUUUGCAAGACUAAGUCGCCCCAAAAGUACCCCCCCCAUACAACGUGAGUCGCGUACGCACACAAAUGAUCAACUGAUGGUACAAAGGAAUAAAACAGGGACUCAUAAAGUGAAGAGAACCUCAGACAGCAGCCCAAAAUCUCCACCUUCUGCAUUCAAUGGCUCAAGAACCGAUCGUCCGAAGUCCACAGUAUCCACACCUCGUACAUCGAGGGUAAACAGAAGUUCAAUAAUGAAGGAUAAUUCACCUAAUCAGAGGAACUCAGGUUCAGCCCGUAACUCAAACACAAGGAAGAACAGUGACUCGACUGCGAGCAUGAGAAAAUCGUUGUCAACACCGUUAUCCCCAUCAGCUGGCGACAGAGAGCUACAAAUGUUACAGGCGUUCGAGAAAGAAUGUCUUUCCAACCAAGUGUCAUUGCUUACUGUGGAUACUGAUAGUGAGGUUUCGCAAGCAUUUGGUUCUUCCUUCACCUCGGAUGACCUUGAGGUUGCCGUUCACCUUGAAAGAAAGAACUCGGAUGAUUUAAACAACUCAGCCACACGUAACAGCAACUAUGGCUCACUACCGAGACCAAGAAAAGAAAAACGAGACUCAACAGAGCGUCGAAGUCGCAUUCCCACCCCUGUGUCCUUCAGUAGAUCUUCCCUCAAUAAAAGUGUUGAUAUCGACCUACAUCCUAAGCAAGCAGAUAAAACCAUGGAUAAGAAACCACAAACAACCCACAAGUCUCACUCCUUGGAUCUUACUCAACAAAUAGCCCCUAGUGGACAAAACCGGCCGACGAGAGCCCCCUUGACGACAAACCCCCUCACGAGUAACAGCGUACCGUCAAUAUCUUCCUUUGCUCACGAACUCCAGGUCCGGCGUCGGCAAAUGAGCAUUGAAAGCAUUGAUUCCGACACUGGGAACAUUCCUGUCAGUGCGUUCACUAAAACCUCUUACAACGGGAGCCCUCCUAAAUCACCAAUGGUAAAUGGCCACCCUAAGUCAUUCGUGCAUAUCGACCAUGAUAAUGUAAGUUCAGCCAUCCUGUCAACCCCUGAAUUAUCCCCCAUCUCACCCACUUACCCCGACGCAUACCAGCAACAAUCGGACAACUACAAACCUUACGAUCAAAACAAAAACAUUCUGACGAACCGAUCUUUACAGAGGGCCUCCCAAAUACCUGAACACAUACUACAAACGUGUGGCCUCACUAACCAGAACUUUAACUUUAAAAACACAACGCAAAAUGGCCACCGGGUAGCACCAGUAAGGCAGUCGAAAUCCCGUGAGCCACAAUGGGUGUAAAUCUAAAGUAGCUUCAGUUGUCUGUACCCCUUGCCCACACUACCCAGUUCAUAUUUUACAAUAAGCACUAACACACGCACACAUAACAUGCCCAGUACAGCUUUUAACUUCAUUUACUAUCAGGGCAGAAAAAAGUUUAAAACUAAACAUUUAACGCUUUUUUGUACAAGGCUCUAAACAUCAUAUUAUUACUUGUUAGGAGAAAUUUAAUAGCGGUAUGCCCUUUUCAUACAAUUUUUUAGAGUUUGCUUUUUAAACAACCACCCUUUAAUUCUAUAUGAGUAAGGUCUUGCGACGAGGGAUGUUGGGUACUUAGACAAGAGUUGGUCUGUCACCAUAACACCCAUAAGAGUAUAACAGCAUCUAUAACUUAUAAAAGUUCAUGUAAACUGAAAUUUAGUUUAGUUAACUCCUAUUUCUUUUUCUCCGAGCAACUUUUUAUUCUCUGAUAGCAGCCGAAACAUAGAUAUCUUAGAUUAAACAUAGAUUUGAUAUAAGUCAAAUGUUAAUAAUAUUUUCACACAUCCUAUAUUCAACACAUUUUUAUAACAACACCCUUACCAUAGGCGCCAAACCUGGGGUGGCGGGGUGGGUAGGUCAACCCUAGAGUUUUAUACACCGUUUUAAUCAGUAAACAUUACAACCAAUGAAGCAAAAUUUCAUUUUUUUUACAAUAUUUUGUGUCUAACUAUCCCUGCCUCCCCCCAAAAAGUCCGACACCUAUGUUAUCCACCACAUUCUAUCUUCACCAUUUACAAAAUUCUAAUAUUUAUUUAUUAAUUUUAUUCUUUCCCCUCCAGCAACAUAAUAUUGUGUUUCAUAUUAAUCUAUUCUGCACUUACCACUGUUGUUUACACCCAACCUCAUGCACACAAUAUCAACGGUACUUGAUCAAACAGCGCUCAACUUUGUCAGUAUUUUCGCAAACUUAUAAUUGUGUAACGUAAUUUAUCACCGCAGCUUGAACUUUAGUUACCUUUUAGCUUAUGCUUGCUUUUAGCCUGUAGCAAAAUCUAUCAACACUGUUUUAUGGUUCUAAUUGUAAGUUUAUAUACCAUAGAACACAUAUGCUAUUGAGAAAUUCUAUUAAAUUUUAAACCCCCUGUUUAAUAACAACCAACUACAAGGAUUUGCAAAUUUUUCAACUGAAAUUGAUUUAACAUCCGCAUUAAAAUUAAGUUUAAAAAAGUAUCUUUUUUUACACGUGGCCAUAUAUAGCAGACUUGGUUUCUCAAAGUGGAUGUGUUCUAUGAUAUAUAUCAAGCCCAUUGUAAUUUGAAGAAGUUGUAACUCUUGCUAAUAAGCAGUGUUUUUGUUUCAUGUUUCUAACAGACUUUGCUUUACUCAAUUGCUGCGUAGCACAUUUAGUUUAUAGAUCACUGUUAAUUGUAUAACUUAUUUCCCGAAGUUAUAAUUUUUGUUUUUGUAUUUUUUGUCAUCCUUUUACGACACAUUUUUACCAGUACUGGUACUUUAAUUGCAAAAGCAUAAUUUCUUAAAUUAUUUUUCAUAUAUUAUGUUUAUGUGUGUAUUUUAAUACAUGCUUAUAUAGCUAUACAGAAGUAAUGGAAAACAGCUUGGUGCGAAUUUGUCUACAGCACUGUGACACUAUUUUGGUUUCAUAGCAUUAAAAUUCUAAAGCACAUGUUAUUUUUGUGGAUAUAGUUACCAAACGGUAAUCUAGCUUUAAAAAAAUGCAGAACUGUUCGAAUAUACUAAACUAUUGAACCCUGCC